AUGACAUCUUUCCACAGCAACGAAGACCUGAAGAGCAGUGUCCUAUUUGACGUCUCCCACGUCACCGCCGUCGUGACGGGUGGUGGAACCGGCAUCGGCUUGAUGAUCGCACAAGCCUUGCAGUCCAACGGCGCCAAGGUAUACAUCACCGGCCGACGCAAGGAGACCCUGGACAACGUGGUAAAGGAGUACUCAACCGGACCGGGCCAGAUCAUCGCCCUACCUGGCGACAUCACCUCCAAGGACGAGUGCAUGCGCCUGGCCCGUGAGGUCGGCGAAAAGGAGCCCAAAGGAAUCCAUCUCCUGGUCAACAACGCCGGCAUCGCGCGCGACGACAACACCAAGUUUAGCAGCGCCGGCGAGCCCGACUUCACAUCCGCCGACGCCGUGUCGGAGCACCUGCUCAAGUCGGACCCGGCGGCGUGGGACGAGACGUUCAAGACCAACGUCACGGCGCACUAUUUCAUGUCGGCGGCCUUCAUCCCGCUCCUGGGCAAGGCCCGAGCCGAGACGCCGGGCUACUCGUCACAGAUUGUCAACGUGUCCUCCAUCAGCGGGCUGAUGAAGGGCAGCUCAAUGGGCCAGCCGGCGUACGCGACGUCCAAAGCCGCCGCCGUGCACCUCACGCGCGUGCUGUCCACGCUGCUGAUCAAGACCAAGAUCAGGGUUAACCAGGUCGCCCCGGGCAUAUUCCCGAGCGAAAUGACGGCGGGCAAGUCGGACGAGAAGAACAAGAACCGACUGGAAGCGAGUUCGAACCCGGCCGGCCGACCGGGCAACGAUCAGGACAUGGCCGCUACCAUCCUGUUCCUUGCUGGCAAGGGAGGAGUCUUUUACAACAACCAGAUAUUGCACCCCGAUGGCGGGAACAUGGUGGUGCAGCCCGCUGCAAUUUAA